GGCUGGUGAGGAGGGAGCUAUUCCUCAUCACUGUCAGACACAUGCCAAUGGGGUUUGUUUCCCUUUGCCCUCUAUGGUGAUCAAAUAAAUUACAGUGCUGUUUAAGAUCUGCCAGAAAGCCACCUACAGUAUCAUCUGCUGCUGCUUGCUGCUGGCUGCUGCUGUAACUCAGAGCUGAUGGUAAUUCCCAGUCUCUGCUGCUGCCUCAGAGCAAGUGUGCAACAAUUGGGACACAUCACCUCGCUACCCCUGAGAUCUCUGCUUCAUUUUAUCUUAUCUUAAUUGUAUCUCUUUUUAUCUGCCAGCGGUGGAUCCUCUGUAUGGAAAACCCUGAAUUCAGUUUGCCCAAAGAAGAAAGUUGGGAUGUAAGUGAUUUAAAGGACAAGACAUGUUCCUGCCAGUGACCUGAUGCUGAUUUGCUGCUGUCUCCUGGGGAAUUACUACUUUGUACUAAGGUGGAGUAAGACCCAGUAGGUGCCUGACCUGUGAGGAUUCCUCAAGCUGGACUCAGAGAGGAGGACACUUGCUAAAGGUGGAUCCUUAAGACAGAUUGUCAAAGUAUGGUUCAGCAUCCAGUAGCAGCUGAAUCCUUGUGAACAUGGAGAACCAGACUAUCACCGAUCUCAAUGGCACCAUCCUCCUGGACAGAGAAUGGAAUGGUCUGGAGUAUCAAAUAGUCACUGUUUUCCUAGUUGUUCUAAUCUGCGGACUUGGUAUUGUUGGGAACAUUAUGGUGGUCCUAGUGGUCCUUAGGACUAAACAUAUGAGAACCCCAACUAACUGCUACCUUGUCAGCCUUGCUAUUGCUGACCUAAUGGUGUUGGUGGCAGCAGGACUUCCAAACAUCACCGACAGUGUCUACGGCUCAUGGGUCUAUGGAUAUAUGGGGUGUCUGUUUAUUACUUUCCUCCAAUACUUGGGUAUUAAUGCCUCAUCUUGUUCUAUCACUGCAUUUACAAUUGAAAGAUACCUCGCCAUCUGCCACCCUAUCAAAGCUCAGUUUCUGUGCACUAUUUCUAGAGCGAAGAAGAUCACCAUAUUCGUUUGGGUCUUCACUUCACUCUACUGCAUGAUGUGGUUCUUCUUACUUGAUCUCAACACCACGGUCUAUAGAGAUGCCACCGUGGUGAAUUGCGGUUAUAAGGUCGACCGGAGUUAUUACUCUCCUAUUUACUUAAUUGACUUUGGUAUAUUUUACGCUGUGCCGAUGACAUUGGCGACGGUCCUCUACGGACUCAUCGCAAGAAUUUUAUUUUUAAACCCUAUACCAUCAGAGCCGAAGGAAAACUCAAAGACUUGGAGAAAUGACUCAACACAUCAGAACAAGACGUACAACUCCAAGAUGUCUAGUAGGUGCUCCAAUAACACCAUAUCCUCCAGAAGACAGGUUACGAAGAUGUUGGCUGUUGUUGUCAUCCUAUUUGCGUUUCUGUGGAUGCCCUACAGGACUUUGGUUGUUGUCAACUCUUUUCUGUCUAACCCCUACCUCGAAAAUUGGUUUGUGUUAUUCUGCAGAAUCUGCAUUUACCUAAAUAGCGCUAUCAAUCCGGUGAUUUAUAAUCUCAUGUCUCAGAAAUUCCGAGCCGCUUUCAAGAAACUCUGCAAGUGCAACAAGAAGCGCCUGGAGAAACCUGCAAAUUACGGUGUCGUCCUUAAUUACAGUGUGAUCAAAGAGUCAUCUAACGGAGGAAGCCCCGAUCACUUCAGCACAGAGCUGGAUGACAUCACUGUCACAGACACCUACCUGUCUGGCACAAAAAUGUCCUUCGAUGACACGUGUCUACCUGCCGAUGUCACAUAUGCCAGAACAUAGACGACAACUGUAUACAGAGAGCAUGUGUAUAUAUACAGUAUUUAAAUAAUGCACAUGAAUAAGUGUCAGUUAACGAGGUGGCACUGACACAAUAUAAUACAGGAAAAAUCACAAGAGACAGUCUGUAGUUAAUCUGAACUUGCUGACUGGGGGCUGCCAUAUUGUUCUCUCUUAAGACGGAAAGUAAUUUGUUUUACAUUAAGAUUGCUAAAAUUAUGUAUUUUUAACGCCUAUAAUUGUGGAUGAUUUUACUUUAUACAUACAGUAUUUAAAAUACAGGGUCGGACUGGCCCACAGGGGUACCAGGGAAACCACCGAUAGGCCCCACUGCCUGAGGGCCCACUCCUUCCUCUAGGAAUCAGAUUCCAGACUAUGCACUUGUAGUAUACAUGGUAGAUAUGUUGCAUUACACUGCACUAAACUACUGUGCAUUUCAAGCCUGUGUGGAGGCUGGCCACACCCCUUUGUAGGCUGGCCACACCCCUAAGUAUGGGCCCCUAUCACUGCAUUCCCCCCUGGUGGGCCCUUCAUGCCCUAGUCCGACACUGUUUAAAUGUAAAGUUCAUAUUGAGUCAUAUAUUCCGUUCAUGGUCUUGUGUACUGUACAGAACCCUUUUAAAAACGUAUAAUGUCAUUUUUUUUUAUAUUUAAAUGUAAGAUACACAUUAGGUCUUAUUUCCCAUUAAUGACCCAAUGGGGUAGCACUUGAUUUACCGACGGACACAUUAUCGAUGGUCAUUUACCGACAGUCAAAAUACCGACAUUCAUUAUGCCGACGUGUUCAAAGUGCUGACAUAGUCAGAAUAACCUAUAUUUGAAAUGGCGACAUGUCAAAAUGCCGACAUGCAUUUUUAAGGAAUUUUGCCCCAAAACAGACUUCGUCAUACUUUACCAUCCCAGUGGACCUGGAGGGGGAAUAUAAUAGUGUGCCGAAUGCAGCGAGCCAUGCGAGGGGACGCGGUACAAUUAGACAGUGUCCAUGUUGACCUAUGUCGACACUGACAAAAAAAAUCCAGAAAAACUCAUGUCGGUAUUUUGACAUGUCAGCAUUUCAAAUGUUGGUAAUCUGAUUAUGUCAACAUUUUGAACAUGUUGUCAUAAUGAAUGUCGGUAUUUUGACUGUAGGUCAGUGACUGUCGGGAUUAUGACCGUCUGUAUUGUGUCCGUUGGUAACACCGGCAUUGAGUGUACAGAAGUGUCAUAGGAUUUCAAUUGUACAAUGUGAAAGCUAAUCGGGACUCCACAUGGUAAAUGGACAUUUUCAACAUACUAAAUGCCGACACAAGAAAAGAAAAUGAAUGAAACCUUAUAAAAUGUAUCUGUAUGUGUAUGUGGUGCCUCUCUACAGAUGGAACCCUCCUCAUCUAUCCCUUUAAUAGAAUUAAUUGAGCCAGGGCUGUCGGAUUUAAUCCCUUGCUGUAAUUACGUAAUCCCCUGCUGUAUUGUUCUCUCUCUGUAUUGUAUUGCAGCUGACAACAAUAGAUGAGAGGCUUAUGCUAAUAAGCCUUGGUGCACCUAGGUGCAGCAGAGAAGCCUAGAUGAGCCAGGCUCCGUCUGUAUGUUAUGAUGACAGCACAGAAGACAGAACCAAAUGCAAUGAUCAGUUGUCACUUCCUGAUUCAGGACCAUGGACAGAUCACACUGACGGCUAUGAGAAGGACCUUUCUUCACAGUUACUACAAUGAGGUGGAGAUCCCUGCCAUAGUCAUUCUCUUUUAAUAGCUCCAUUAAAAUUACUGUAUGCCUAAAAUUGCAGAAUACAGGUCAGUUGACUGGGAAUCAUUGGUAUAACUGAGGCUUGAGGCAUCAAGUUAUAUACAGUCAUACAGAUGUGUACUUUUUGGUAUCUGGACUAUGGGUUGACAUGCCUUAGGUUGACCCCAUAAUGUCAACAGACAAAAGGUUGACAUUUACAAAAGGCUGACAUGAAAGAUCGACACUGGAAAAUGUCGACAGGUCCAUAUGGUCAACGUGGCAAUGGACGACACAGAUAUGGUCGACACACACUUUUUUGAGGGUUUUGUUCAUGUUUUUGGACUUGUUCCAUCCUUGACUAGCCAUGUCACAAAUGAUGACCUUUAGUAACCGUGUGGUGAGAUAACGAGACACAGUGCCAGAAGCGUGGCGAGGGGAUGAAUUUCAACAAAUGGUGAUGAAGAAACACUAACCCCAAAAAUGCAAAAAGUGUGUUGACCAAUUUUUGUGUUGACUAUUGUCGUGUCAACCUAUUGACCAUGCGUCCUUUUGUCCUUGUCGACCUUUUGCAGUGUUGACCUGUUGCCCCUGUUAACCUUUUGUCAAUGUCGACCAUAUGGGGUCAACCUAAUAACUGACCCCAUCCUUUGUUACUGUUGCAUUGGUCGCGCCAAAUAGUCCCAAGCGUCUUGAUGAUAUCUUUCUCGCUCAAAAUGUGCAUCCUAUUUCUACAAAUAAAACAACUGUAAGAGACAAAACUAUGAGGUUCCAGAUGAUAGGUCGAUAGUCAAAUGGUCGACCCCAUAUGGUCAACAUGCAUUAGGUCGACAGGUACAAAAGGUCGACAUGGUCAAAAUGCUGACCUGUAAAAGGUCAACAGUGCUUAAGGUCGACAGGCUCAAAAGUUUGACAUAAAACAAAGAAAAAAAGAUUGGCUGCGCUUAUAAUGUAGUAAGAGAUAACCUUGUUAAUGGAGAGCUGACAAACACAAUAGUAAUGAAUAAGAAUAUUUAUUUAAAAUAUUAGUAUACCAAUAAAGUUAUAAACACAAUAUCUUAAAAGAUUAUAUAUGUAGGUGUGCUCUGAGCUGACCCUAAGUAUCAUACAACAAGUAACAAUAUUCACACAAUAAGUUGAUAAUUGGUAAUAGCGUUAAAAAAGAAAAUUAUUAUAACAUGCGUGUAACAGUCAUAUGGCUACUCACUGAGAUAUAUCGUUCACAGGAGUGGUGAGACUACACACUAUCUAAAAGUACAGAGGCAGCAUGUACUUUAAGAUAUAGAAAAGUCCCGGCAACAGAUGGUUUGAUUGAGGAAGAUAAUUUAAUUACCUCUCCUGGGCUAUUAAUGCCGGGCGUCCCCGGUGUGAUCCACUAGAGCCCUUUCUGUGAAUGAAUAAUUUAGGCAAGUUGCUCUGAUGGGGGCUGUUCCCAUAUAAAUAUCUCUGUAUUAAACGGCUUUUUCCUGGAAUCUCCCGUGGGCUGGUAAAAGUCCUUUAAUAUGCCCACUCACGUGCAGAGAGGAGUAAGCCGUCCGGUGCCGUUAGAUGCUGUUAACAGAGUUGCUGUAUUUGCCGUGCAUCGGCGUUAGCCAGGAUUUCCAGGUGUGAUGGAGUAGAUUCUCUCACUGAGGCUGAAAUGUCCGUAAGCGGCAGCCGCCGCUAGCAGCAGGAUGGAGCCGCUCGGUGAGAAGCGCUGGCCGGAGCCGUCCGUAGUGGAUACGUGCAGUGCCAAAAGUGAAUGGGUCAGCAAUCAGAGAAGUAAUGGGAGGAUCCUAACGUGUUUCGUCACGAUCACGUGACUUUCUCAAAGGAAUUCUCUUACUCUUACUACAUUAUAAGCGCAGCCAAUCUUUUUUUCUUUGUUUUUGGUAAUUGUUAAAGCAUAUACACAAUGCUUUUUUGGCAGCGCUCAUGAUGUUGUUUUAAAAAACUAUCUGAUUAGGCGCUUAUAGCAGAUCUUGUGUAGCUUCAAAAGUUUGACAUGUUCAACUGGUCGACCUGAAAGUGGUCAACACACAUAUGGUCGACACAAGUUUGUUUUAUGCUUUUUAAAAAAAAAUCUACAUUUACAAUCCACAUGGACUACGAUUGGGAAUAGUAACCUGAGCGAGGCACCUUGCCCGAAAUGUGUCGACUGAAGUGAGCCCGCCAGGGUACACGUUUCCACUAAUUUGGUUUAUAUGUGGUUAAACAUACAAAAUUACACAAAAAACCCUUGUGUCGACCAUUUACAUGUCGGCAUUUUUUUACUAAAUCGACCGUUUGUACCUGUUGACCAUUUAAGGGAUCUAACUUUUUCAUGUCGACUUACUGACCCCGUCGACCUUUUGACCAAAUCAACCUACUGCAUGUCAACCAUAUGGAGUCAACCUAUUGACAAUCAACCUAUUUUUGUCCGACCGAAUGAUCCACACCCAAACUACGGCGCUAGAUUACACUGAGCAAACUGAAGUGCAACAUUUGUACAUCUGUGUGAGACCGAGUCCGUAUAUGAAUAGCUAUGAUGUAUCGGUUGCUGCUUUUUCUCACGCCAGGUUCCUUAGUGCUUCAUCUGUGACUUUGCACGUUUAGAACUAAUUCCUGAGAUUUAUAGUUGCAGUCCAGUGUCUCUAGUGCACGGUGGGACCAAUUCAGCAUGAGUCGCAAAAGUGUGAAAAUCGCUAAUCAGCGUUUUCCCGCACUUCUGCGCAAGUACUUAGCUUGCGACCCCAGUGAAGUGGCGGUGGGGGCGGUGAUGGGGCAGCAUUGCAGCAUUUUUGGGGCAUCAAC